GCGUCGCGGCCAUGGCGGUGCAGGACCCCCGCCCCAACCACACCAUCUACAUCAACAACCUCAACGAGAAAAUCAAGAAGGAUGAGCUGAAGAAGUCCCUGUACGCCAUUUUCUCACAGUUUGGGCAGAUUUUGGACAUUCUGGUGUCACGCAGCCUCCGCAUGCGGGGCCAGGCCUUCGUCAUCUUCAAGGAGAUGAGCAGCGCCACCAACGCCCUGCGGUCCAUGCAGGGCUUCCCCUUCUACGACAAACCCAUGCGGAUCCAGUAUGCCAAGUCGGACUCGGACAUCAUCGCCAAGAUGAAGGGAACGUUUGUGGAGCGGGAGCGGGAUCGGGACCGGGACCGGGAGCGCAAGCGGGACAAGCGCAAACCCAAGGGCAGCGACGCUCCCGGCCCCAAAAAGAGCGGGGCCGGGAGCCAGGCGGGCCAGGGGGCCGUGCCCGGCCUGGCCCCGUUGGCGCAGGCGCCGCGGCUGCUGCCGCACCUGGGGGCGACCCCGCCCUACAUCCCCCCCCCAGGAAUGAUCCCCCCGCCCGGAAUGGCCCCGAGCGCCGGAAUCCCGCCAGGAAUGGCCCCGCAAGCCGGGCUGGCCCCAAUGGCCGCCCCACAGCCCCUUUCAGAGAACCCCCCGAACCACAUCUUGUUCCUGACCAACCUCCCCGAGGAGACCAACGAGCUGAUGCUCUCCAUGCUCUUCAACCAGUUCCCGGGGUUCAAGGAGGUUCGCCUGGUUCCGGGCCGCCACGACAUCGCCUUUGUCGAGUUUGACACCGAGGUGCAGGCGGGCGCUGCCCGCGAGGCCCUGCAGGGCUUCAAGAUCACCCAGAGCAAUGCCAUGAAGAUCUCCUUUGCCAAAAAGUGAUCUCCAGCCCCCGAAAUCCCGGGAAAACACCCCCGAUUCCUGACAAAAGGGGCACGGAAUACCCCAAAACCCCAAAAAAAUGCCUCAAAACCUCCUUAAAUACCCUGAAACUGCCCAAAAAUGCCCCGAAUGCCUUCAAGCCACCCCAAAAUCCCUUCAAAGUGCCCUAAAAUCCCUCCAAACCACCCCAAAAUCGUUUCAAAACACCCUAAAGUCCAUCUAAACCACCCCAAAAUCCCCUAGAGACGCUCUAGAAUCUUUUCCAAACCACCCGAAAAUCCCUCAAAACCACCCCUAAGUAGCCUACAUCUGCCCCAAAACAUUUCAAACCCCUCCAACCACCCCAAAAUCCCUUCAAAAUGCCCUAAAAUCCCUCCAAACCACCCCCAAAUCCCUCAAAACUGCCCCUAAAUAUCCUAAAACUGCCCCAAAGCCCCCAAAUCUUAGAGAAUUGCCCCAGAUCCCACAAAAAUCCAACAAAUACCAGGUAAGUUCAGCCCAAAUCCUCUUUUUUAAUCCCAAAUGCUCUUUUUUAUAAUCCCAAAUCCUUUUUUCUUUCCGCAAAUCCUUUUUCUCAACCACAAAACCUUUUUCCACCCCAAAUCUCCUUUUUUGACCCCAAAUCCUUCUUUUCCCACCUCAAAUUCUCCGUUUUCCACCUCAAUUCCCCUUUUCUCACCCAAAAACCUCUUUCCCCACCUCUAAUCCUUCUUUUUCUACCCCAAAAUUCCUUUUUCCAUCCCCAAUCCCCUUUUUCCACCCAAAUCCCGUUUUUCCACCGAAGUCCUGACCCCAAAUGCUCAAUCCUCGCCUUAAGUCCCCCUUUCUUCACCCAAAUCUCCUUUCCCAUCCCAAAUCCUUCUUUCACGCAAAUCCCAUUUACUCCCCCAAAUCCCAUUUCCCAGCCCAUCCCAAGGGAUUUUUUGGAUUUUCCCAAGGAAUUUUUGGUGUUUCCCGAGGGAUUUUUGGGGUUCCCAAGAGGUUUUUGGGAUUUUUCCCAGCAUUGUACCCAGGGUCUCUGCAGACAUUGCACCUGGAGCUGGCCCCGUCCCAAAUCAACCCCAAAUAAUCCUCAAAUCCCAGUUCCCAGCCCCUCACAAGAGAUUUUUGGGGUUUCCCUGAGAGAUUUUUGGGGCUUUUCCCAGCAUUGUACCCAGGGUCUCUACAGACAUUGCACCUGGAGCUGCCUCUGCCCCAAAUAAACCCCAAAUUAACCCCACUGCGCCCACCAGGACUGGAGUGGGUUUUUUGGGGGGAAGGAUUUGGGGUCUGGGGUAUUUGACCCCAAAGUUUGUGUGAUUGGGGGGAUUUGACCCCAAAAUUUGGGAAUUUUGGGAGUUGACCCCAGGAUUUGGGGAAUUUAACCCCCAAGUCUGUGGGAUCAGGAGGGUUUGACCCAAGAAUUUGGGAUUUUGGGGGGUUUUGACCCCAAACUUUAGGAAUUGGGUGUGUUUGACACCCCAGUGUUUGGAGUUUGGGGGUGGGGGGUGACCCCAGAAUUUGGGGGGGUUUAAGCCCAAAGUUUGGGAUCAGGGGGAUUUGACCACAGAAUUUGGGAUUGUGGGGUGGGGAGGUGUUGACCCCAAACUUCAGGAUCAGGGGGAUUUGACCCCAGGAUUUGAGGGGGUUUUGACCCCAAAGUUUAGGAACUGGGGGAUUUUGACCCCAGAAUUUGGGGAUUUGGGAGAUUUAACCCCUAAGUUUGGGAUCAGGGUCGUCGGACACCCUGAACAUUCCAAACCCCAGAGAUUGGGGUUUGAUCGAGGUUCAGGAGGGAACGGGGGAUUUGAAACAUUUGGGGUGUCCAAAUGCCCUGAUUCCAAAGUUUGGGGUCAACCUCCCCCUAAUUCCCAAACCCUGGGGUCAAAAAGCCCCAAAUCCCAAACCCUGGGGAUAAAACACCCCCAAUUCCUAAAGUUUGGGGUUAACCUCCCCAAAUCCCCAAACGCUGAGCUCAAAAACCCCAAUCCCCGAACCCUGGGGUAUCAAAAACCCCAAAUCCCCAAAGUUUAGGAUCAAACCACCCCAGUCCUGGGGGUCAAAGGUCAGGGGUCAAAAUUCAGGGAGCGAUUUCUGGGACCUGCCCCCCUUUUCUUGUUGCAGCAGAGCUCCUUUUUGGGAGAGGGUCUAGACCUAGAAGGGCUUCCAAUAAAGCAAGGUGCUGCUGUCCAGGGCA